AUGGCUCAAAAUAUUUGUUGCCAGAAAAAUUUUGCGGAUGAUCUAUGUAUAAAUUGUCAAAAGAAAAGAAUUGAAAAAAAGUUUUUAAGUUGGACAUGUGGUGAUAGAACAUUAGAUCAAUAUAUAAAGAAAAACCAACUAGAUAAUUUGGAUAAUCCGAUGCUACUUCCUAUUAAAUGGAUUCCUUAUGAAGAAUUUGAGGAUUUUAAAUUGUUAAGACGUGGAGGGGAGGGUGUAAUUUAUAUUGCAACUUGGAAAUUUGGACCUUUAGGAUUUGGACCUGAAAAGGUUAUACUUAAAUGUCAUCAUGGUUCGACAAAUGAUAUGUUUCUUAAAGAGAAUUGGAUUCUAAUUGAAAAAAUUUAUGAAAAAUGGGAUGUCAAUAAUGAAGAUAGAUGUGUAUUAUCUUAUGGCCCCGAUGUAGAGGGUGUGAAUGAAGAAUUCAAACGGCAUUCAUCGCAAGAAAAUAGUAAG